AUGGCGACCACACCUUCUGCUGCGGCCGAGACCUCGCGUCAAUAUGUCCCCCUCACUUGCCACGGCCACUCGCGACCUGUUCCCCACGUCUGCUUCUCUUCUCUGGAAAAGGAAGAGCAGUACUACAUGAUCUCCGCCUGCAAGGACGGAAACCCUAUGCUGCGCGAUGGCCUCACUGGCGAUUGGAUCGGAACCUUCAUCGGUCACAAGGGUGCCGUCUGGCAGGCCAGACUUAGUCCUGAUGCCUCCAACGCUGCCACCGCCUCUGCUGACUUCACUGCCAAGGUCUGGGACACCCACAGCGGCGAGGUCCUCUACACUCUUCAGCACAACCACAUCGUCCGCGCCGUUGCCUACCCUCCCGACAACUCUGAUCUGAUCGCGACCGGAGGUAUGGAGAAGAAGCUGCGCGUCUUUGACCUGAGCGACUUUGCUCCCAACCCGAACGAUGCCGCCGGUCCUGUGACUGUCCAGGCCUCGGCCGGCUUCGAGAUUGGCGAGGGCACCCACACCGGCUCAAUCAAGUUCAUCGCCUGGACUAAGGACCCUAACACGAUCGUCACCGCUUCCGAUAACACCCUCCGCUGGUUCGACCUUCCCACGCGCCAAGUCAUUCGUCAGGAGGUUCUCGACGGCGAGAUCAAGUCUUGCGAGCUGGUCUCUCUUGCUCCCGAAAUCACCUCCCCUGGCGAUAUUGGCGGCGGUCUUCCAGUCCUGGCGGUUGCCGCCGGCAAGUCCGUCUACUUCUGGGGCGGCAUCCAGGCCAUGGAUGAGCUCAAGCGCAUGGAGCUGAAGCACGGUGUUGCUAGUGUUGGCCUGGAUAUCAAGGGACGCAAGUUUGUUGUUGGAGAGGAGCCUGGCACCUGGGCCCGUGUCUGCCGCUGGGACGAUGGCACCGAGAUUGAAACCCUGAAGGGCCACCACGGUCCCAUCUGGUCUAUCGCAUUUGCCCCUGACAACAAGCUGUACGCGACCAGCUCCGAGGACGGUACGAUCAAGCUGUGGAAGAACUGCGACGGCUUCUACGGCCUUUGGCGUGGCGGUGCCACCAACGCAGAGCGCACCGUGGACUAG